AUGCUCGCUCUCGUUGCUCUUCUUCCCGCCCUGGUCUCGGCUGCCGCUGUUGACCUGAGCGCCCGCGACGGCGUCGACGGCAACGCCCCUCUCCAGUUUGACGGCUACAAGCUCGGCCAGGAGGUCGAGUUCCCCCACGCCGGCAAGGGCAAGUUUAUCGGCAACAAGGACGGCAAGUCCCUCUUCCAGUUCGACAACGGAGACGUCUUUGACGUCAAGCUCGCCAAGGGCCCUGUUCUGAAGAACGACAAGGGCUACGUCACUGUCGGCGACGACGGUCUCUGCAACGGCUGCACCUACAAGGGCAAGCGCAGCCUCGCCGACCUUCAGGCUGAGACCCUCGAGGAGCGCUCGCCUUACGGCGGUACCUUUGGCGCCGGUGCCAACUACGUCCAGCAGGCCGGAGCCUGCGGUGCCUACGGCCAGUGCGGCGGAGGUGGUGGUCCCGGCGGUGUCAUCAUCGGCGGCGGCGGCGGCGGCGAGUGUGAUGCAGAUGCGUUGGUUGCAUACGAUGUUGCUACUGACGAGCCCAAACUCGAACACCGCCUCUCCGCUUGUCCUCGUCUUGAGCCACGUCGAACCCAUUCCAGAGAUUGUCCACUUCGUGGUAGCCGCGGAUGCCGAGUGCCUCUCGGACGGUUGUGUUUCCUUGGCUUCUCUGCAGAGCCUCCCCGAACAACAGAACGUGCGAGGGCAUCUCGGGCGUGGAGUCUUGGUGUCCGACUGCUCCCAGUGGCAUCGGUGGGUAGGGGAAGACUUCCUGGACUGAUGAGCUGCGCUCUGGAGUGGCGGGGUGGUGGUGGCGGCGGUGGUGGCAUCCUCGGCGGUCUCCUCGGCCUCACCGCCGGCUACCUCGGAGGCACUGUCAAGCUCCUCACCGGUGGCCUCGGCAGCUACCCCUCUGGUGCCGGCAUUACUGCUGGCAACACCAACCUCAACGUCGGCAACAACGGCUACGUCCAGGUUCCCGGUGUCAGCCCCGGCUCCAACAACGGUGUCGGUGGCACCUACGUCGGUGACAACUCUGGCACCCAGCUUUGGCAGUGGCAGGACGGAAACGUCGCCCCCCUCAACAUCCAGCAGGGUGACCGCCAGGACGGCGUCGUCGUCACUACCGGUGCCACUGGCCCCAUCUGCCAGGGCUGCUCCGACCCCUUCGCCCAGUCGAACAAGCGCUCGCUCGAGGACCUCGACAUGUCGACAGUGACGCGCAACGCUGGAAAGCACAUCUGCCAUGAGCCGUUUUCCGCUCGCGGCUUGCGCUCACGGUCGAGUGCUUGGGGUCUCUGCUUGGACGGGGUUUGUGCGCGCUCGAGCAUCCGCACGUCGGCCCAAGCACCAGUCGGUCCUAAUCGCCUUGCCGUAUCCGCCGGUUUCUCCCUACCCGUAGCGAUGUAUAAGAGGAUACCCAUCUUUGACGAACAUCCUCACAAGUUGAUGCCCCAGUACACUGAGUUGUUAGCCAAGUUUCGUCGUCGCCGCCUCCGAACCUCUUCCUCGACGACUUCCAUUUCCUCAGCCGCCUCAGCCUCGUCCUCGUCCACGGUCACAUCGAGCACCAUGUCCGCCACGAAGCCCUCCAUUCCCAUCAUUCCUCUCAACGCGCCGAGCUACGUUCCCAAGCCGGCCGCUGAGAGCAUUGAUCUCGGCGUCGUGACCGUUCCCGAGUCCCCCACCAGCACCCCUCCCCACACGCCGUUCCACAAGCAGGUCCAGUCGGCACUUGCGAACCCUCCCAAGGUCUCGGGUGCGCCGUCGCCCAUGCUGUGCUGGGUCGUUCCCGCGGCUCCGAUGUCGCCUCCCGAGUCUGAGCCGUCCUCGCCCUCGCACGUUUCGACUGUCCCCGAGCCUGCUGUGGCGCCUCUUCGCCGUCAGCCCCUCAUGCUGCCUCCCAUUCCCGCCCGAAACCCGGUCAACGAGCUGGAGAGCGAGGUCAGGGAGCUUCGCAAGCAGCUGGAGGAGCUGAAAAAGGUCAACACCAAGAUUGCUGCUCUUCAUGCCGCGUGA